AUGAUAAUAUCGGAGGCACAAGACGGCGUUGAUACGGUGAAGUGCGUAGCUGCCAACGACCGUAAGUGCGAUAGUAAUUCUGGCAAUGGUACUAAAAGUGGCGACGUCGGUGGGGAAUUUAAACCUGCAUCCCCAGAGGCAUCCAAUGCAACUGUCACGUCGUCCCAGCAUUGUGCUAUUCCCAAGUACAAAGUUAUCAUUGUCGGUGACUCUGGGGUUGGGAAAAGCAGCUUACUCUCUCGUUUUGCCAACAGCAGUUUUAACCUUGAAAAAAAGGCCACCGUUUUCUUGGAGUCUGCCUCGGUUGAGCUGGAGGUGCCGGCGGCGCGGGUGGGUGAGAAGGAGCGUGUCAUUGCACAGCUGUGUGACACCGCCGGGCAGGAGCGGUGUGCUGCGAUCAGGUCAACCUUCUUCCGAGGUGCGGUGGGGGCUCUGCUUGUCUACGACGUAACGCAGGAAGAGACACUCUUACGGCUCUCCAUGUGGUAUGCCCAUGUGCGGCGGUACGCGUGUGAGGACUGCGUAUGCAUUGUGUUGGGUAACAAGACGGAUCUCCACAGCUCGCAAUUUUUGUCAAAAGGCGCCGCGAAUGAUAUCGUCAACCGGCUGGGCAUGCGCCACAUCACUGCUUCGGCCCUGAAAGGCAGUGGCGUCAGAGAGGCCUUUAUGCAGCUGGUGUCGUCGAUAAACGCCGUGCAGCGGGCGAAGCGACUUGCCGCCCAGAAACAGGAAGAAAAGGCGACAACGGCUGCCGCGCCACACCGAUCGCUCGCUGAUCCAGCGGCGGCGUCACUUCCGUGUGGGGGCAACCAAAGCAGUACUUUAUUUCUUAAUUCCCCCUCAUCCUCAGCAGUAUUCUCCUCAGCUUCGGCUCCCAUCCCGAUGAGUGGUGGGGGGAGGGACCGGGGCGGGUUUGUUGCUGUUACUUUUGCUGUUGUUGGGGGUCGUGGUGGUGGUGGUGGUAAAACCCAAAGUGAAGAAAAGGCCGUCUCCCCCAAUAAAAGAUGCUGCAUUUUGUGGUGA